GAUGUGCAGGACGGUGGCGCGCAUGACUCGGUUCCACCGAGCGCUCCGGGAGCCUCGGGAACCUCGAGCGAGCUGCGAGGCGAGGCAGUCAGUCGCUCUCAGCUACGACAUGCAUAACGCAUGAGAGAGCCCGAGCGAGAUCUUUCCGAGCCGUUGUCGUCUCUCCUCUCGCGCGCGCGCGCAUACACACACAUACACACACGCACACGUACACUCUCUCUCUCUCGCUCUCGCGUGUACACACAAUCGCACGAGAGACAUCGCACGAGGAAAACACACGCGCGCGCACCCAAGACACCGCGCCGUGCAUCGGCUUUUACUCUCCUCCCGUGAUCGUGCUCGUCCGCGACACACUCGUCCUCCCGUCUUCGCGAAUCAACGGGCCAUCGUGUUCUCCGCGAGUAUCGUCCUGCCGUUCUUCUGUCGCGAGUGCCGUCGCCGUCGCCGUCGUCGACGAGUCGUGCGCCGUCUUCGCGAAUAGUCGCCGUUCUCGUCCUCUUUCUACCGAUCGCGAUGUUACCGCGUCACGGCGAUGAUGAGUGAUCGACCACAACGCGAGUGAUAUUCCUCCGUGUCUCGUCUUACGGAGUAUACGUCGUCUCUCGGAACGAGGUACGAACCGAGUCCGGUGUGCCUUUACUCGGUGUGGAGUUGAACGGAUUCCAUCAGCAGCAGCAGCAGCAACCAGCAACAGCAACAGUAACAGCAACAGCAGCAGAAGCAGCAGCAGCAGCAGCAACAGCACGACGUUCGAGUAGAGCCGGUCUUGGACGCGGUGGUGAAAUCAACGUCUCCGCGGGGUUUCUCCCCGGAGGACGAGAUACUUCCGCGUGUAAAUCGUAACAAGCUCGCAUACUUGGCGGCAAACUAUGGACGUAUCGUUCGCGCGUUCGACGAUGCUACUUACUCGGGACAUGGUGCGUAGUCGCGAACGAUGGACUGUGCGUUAGCUACGUGUGAUCGGUGAUCGUCGACCGAACGAGGAAACGUUCCUGCCGUCGAGCAGGGAUCGACAGUGUCGUUGUUUGCGCGUUCGUCGACCAGGAUUAUUAUCGAACGAGGUUCGCGCGAACGCGAGCAGGUGAACGAGGGGGAUAGACCAGCCGUAUAUCUGGUAUUUUGGGGAGAAUCUACAGCCGACGAUAGGAUAUCGAAGCGAGAGAUAGGCUGCGGAUAGGAUAACGGGAUCGCCGAAAAGGGAAUAAGAAGAGGAGAAGGAGCACGAAGCAGCGGGAAACGGUCGGUGACCAGGAAGAAACGAACCCCGAGAACGGAGCGAACAAGUGGAAGCUGAUCCGAGGAGAGAGAGAGAGAGUGGAGAGAAAGAAGGCGAAAUAGAGAAGGAGACACAAGGGUGCCCUGUCGGGGCAGCCCGAGGGAGGAACUUGGGGUAAAACUCGGAGGAAGGUAUCGAGAGGAAAUCGAAGGAAGAGGAUAUAGAAAGAGAAUAAGCGAAAAAGCAGAAGGGUUUCGCGACACCUCUGCACGAGGGGAAGUAGAUGGCCGCUACCACGUACAUGCCGAUUAGUAGCGCUGUGUCGUCCGAGCUGGAUGGUGGUACGGGUACCGCGAUCGGGAUGAACAUCGCCGUGGGUGGUUAUUCCACGGGCUCGCCUCGCAGCGCCGCCGACGCCGGGGAGAUGAAAUAUAUGCCGGCGCCGCAGCAUCAUCACCACCAUCAUCAUCAUCACCAGGUGUCGUCGUCGCCGUCGCCAAAUGGACUGUCGCACGGGGCGCCGAGCCUCUCCUCGGCGAACCCCUGGGUCAGCCUGCAACCGGGCAGCGAUCAUUGGGCGGCAUCGAUGAGCAUGCAUAGUCAUCAUCAGCAUCAUCAUCCGCACCAGCCGAACACGGCAGGUUUGGACGUGAAACCGCUGACGGCGGCGGCUGCAACCGCGGCCGCGGCCGCAGCGGCCGCCAACGACCAGUCGAUGCAUCCGCAUCGCGGCGGUCCUCACCAGUCGCCCGGAAUGGCCUCGCCGCAUUCUUGGCACGCGCCCGUCGUCUCGUCGACCCACUAUAACCCGAGCGGUGGCGCGGCCUCGCCCACCACCCUUCAACAGUACCAUGCCGCGAUGAACGGCAUGCUGCACCCGCACACGCAUCAACAUCAUCCGCAGCUGCACAAUCACCAGACUGCCCUGCACCCGAACCUAAGGGACCCCGGCUCGCCGGUCGGUCACUCGAUUCACCCGGUCCACGGGCACGACAGGGAUCAGAGCGCCGGCGAGGAAGACACCCCGACCUCGGACGACCUCGAGGCGUUUGCGAGACAGUUCAAGCAACGGCGCAUCAAGUUGGGCUUUACCCAGGCGGACGUCGGUCUCGCGCUCGGUACUCUUUACGGCAAUGUCUUCUCGCAGACGACGAUAUGCAGGUUCGAGGCUCUCCAGCUGAGCUUCAAGAACAUGUGCAAGUUGAAGCCGCUGCUGCAGAAGUGGCUCGAGGAGGCGGACUCGACGACCGGCUCGCCGACGAGCAUCGACAAGAUCGCCGCCCAGGGUAGAAAACGAAAGAAGCGAACCUCGAUCGAGGUGUCGGUGAAGGGCGCGUUGGAGCAACACUUCCACAAACAGCCGAAACCAUCCGCGCAGGAGAUCACCACGCUCGCGGAUAGUCUACAGCUGGAGAAAGAGGUGGUCAGGGUGUGGUUCUGUAACCGGCGGCAAAAGGAGAAGAGGAUGACACCGCCGAACACUCUCGGCGACGGAAUCAUGGAGGGCGUGCCGCCGGGACACCAGAACCAGCCAGGCCUUCACCAGGGUUACCAUCCGCAGGAUCAUAUCCACGGAUCACCGAUGGGACAUAGCCACAGUCCACCGAUGCUCAGUCCUCAGGGCCUUACAGCCCACUCGUUGGCGGCUCACUAGCGUUCGCCCGGGCCUCCCCCGUUGGGCCUUUCGAUAACCUCUCAAAACUCGGCGAACAACCCGGCUUCCUCACCGCCGGAGACGCUCCCUCCGUUCUAUCAUCAUUACCUACAGGCACGCACCGGCAGCUACUCGACCACUUCGUAGUAGCUGUGGCCAGCCAACGAUCAUCAGCCGCCACAGCCGUGUUACAUUUUCGCUCCUAGUCCAAUUCGACCUUGCUAGUAGCGUCGUCGUCACCGUCGCCGCCGUCGUCGUCGUCGUCGCCGUCGUCGUCGUCGUCGUCGUCGUCGUCGU